AUGGCCCACCUGCGCGCCUGCGAAGUCCGCCAGCUGCUGCACAACAAGUUCGUGGUGGUCAUGGGGGACUCGGUGCAGAGGGCCGUGUACAAGGACCUGGUGGUCCUGCUGCAGAAGGACUGCCUGCUGUCGACCAGCCAGCUGAAGGCCAAGGGUGAGCUGACCUUCGAGGGGGACGUACUGCUGGAGGGCGGCCGGUGGGGCCGCAUGCACAAUGGCACCCACUACCGCGAGGUCCGCCAGUUCCGCUCGGGCCACCACCUGCUGCGUUUCUACUUCCUCACCCGCGUGUACUCCCAGUACGUCGUGGACGUGCUGGAAGAGCUGCGCCGGGGCCAGCACGCCCCGGACGUGGUCGUCAUCAACUCCUGCCUCUGGGACCUCUCGAGGUACGGCCCGGACUUCCGGAGGGGCUACCGCGAGGACCUGGAGAGCCUGUUCGGGCUCCUGGGCCAGGUGCUGCCCGCGUCCUGCCUCCUGGUGUGGAACACGGCCAUGCCGGUGGCCGAGGUGGUCUCGGGCGGCUUCCUCUUGCCCGAGCAGCAGCUCCGGGGUGCCCACCUGCGGCUGGACGUGAUGGAGGCCAACUUCUACAGCUCGCUAGAGGCCAGCAGGCACGGCUUCGACGUGCUGGACCUGCAUUUCCACUUCCGCCAUGCGGGGCAGCACCGGCAGCGCGACGGCGUGCACUGGGACCAGCGCGCGCACCGCCACCUCUCCCAGCUGCUGCUGGCGCACGUGGCCGACGCCUGGGGCGUGGACCUCCCGCUCCGCUACUCGGUGGGCAGGUGGCUCAGGGAUGGGCCCGGCGGCAGAAGUGCAGACCCGGCAGGAGGGAGGCGGCACCGGGACAGCAGAAGUGACUCAGGCCAGCAGGCCUUGCCCAGGCCCCCACAUAGGUCGUGGUCUGCCCGCGUCCCACGACGACCUUCUACGCCCAUUGCCCAAACGCGACCUCUGUUCUCGCACUAUGGCCAAGGCACCUUUGUGCCUUCCCACCCAUCUUUACAGCCCCGGCAGUUCUACAAUAACAUUUCAACGCUCCAGGUGGAAUACACUGGCGAAGCAAGCUCGAGGAUUGGCCUCGAGCAGCGCCUGGGUCCCAUCCGCAGAGUUUCUAUCCAGCACCGGAGCAGAGGGUCUCCUCCUUACCCGUCCCAGCGCCCCAGCAGGCCACGCAGACGCCGGCAAAGGCACACCCAUAGGCAAGACCCCAGUAGCCAGACCGAAACCUAG